GUAAAGUACAUUUUAUACCUGUAACCCCAAAUUUCCUGCCCUACUUCAUAGAAAGCCGCCAGUCCGCCACCGAUAAAAGCCGUGCUGCGUCGUGAAUCCGAAACCCUAGCAUCCGGAAAUCCGAUUCUCAAACAGCGGCAGCAAUGGUGUGCAUAAGAAAAGCGACGAUCGAUGACCUGUUGGCGAUGCAGGCUUGCAACUUGCUCUGCCUUCCGGAGAAUUACCAGAUGAAGUAUUACUUCUACCACAUCCUUUCCUGGCCGCAGCUCCUCUACGUUGCUGAGGACUACAAUGGCCGGAUCGUCGGCUACGUGCUGGCGAAGAUGGAGGAAGAGACGAACGAGUGCCACGGGCACAUAACUUCUCUCGCUGUUCUCCGCACUCACCGAAAGUUAGGGCUCGCCACUAAGCUCAUGAGCGCCGCUCAGACUGCCAUGGAACAGGUUGUGUUUGGGGCAGAGUAUGUCUCGCUGCAUGUGAGGAAGAGCAACCGGGCAGCUUUCCAUCUCUACACUGAAACCUUGGGAUAUAAAAUCCAUGAUAUAGAAGCAAAGUAUUACGCUGACGGAGAGGAUGCAUAUGACAUGAGGAAGCAGCUGAAGGGGAAGCAAUAUCACCACCACCAUCAUCAUCACCAUGCUGGUGGUUGCUGUGCACCGGAGCCCAAAUCCUUGGAAGCAAAACCAGAAUCUAAAUCUGAGGCAAAAUCCAGCACCAAAGCUUAAGCGAGAGCGCAACAUAAUGGUGGAAGUUCUAGGUGAAGCGGGGAUAAAUCGUUAUGCUCUUCUUAUUGCUUAAACUGCAUUGCCCGUUGUACUAGUUUGAUUGUACUAGCAGUAAUAAUGCACUGGAGAUUGGAGAAUAUGUAUUGUUUUCAUGUGUUUGCUAGUUGAUGUCCAUGCUAAUACAGUACUAU